AUGUCCUCGACAAGAACAGUUCGACUUACAGUCAUUGCAGCAGAUGGGUUAAUAAAAAAGGACUUGUUUUUUAAAUUACCUGAUCCUUUUGCUGUUGUCACAGUAGAUGGAGAACAAACACAUACAACAACUGUAAUGAAAAAGACGCUGAAUCCAUAUUGGAAUGAAAGUUUCGACUUAAAAGUAUCUAAUGAGAGUGUUAUUGCAGUUCAAGUAUUUGAUCAAAAGAAAUUUAAAAGAAAGGACCAAGGCUUUUUGGGUGUUAUCAACGUUCAGGUAUCAAGCGUCUUUGACCUCGACGUAGGAGGCGAUGAAAUGCUGACACUCGAGCUCAAGAAAUCAAAUGCAAAUGAAGCUGUGCAUGGAAAAUUGAUUUUAAACCUAUCAACAAAUAUCAACGCGCCCAUCAGAAACGGUACGGAUACCCUUGCACCCUCAUCCUCAAAUACCACAGCUGAAAACAAUAAUCAAAGUACCAAUGUCAGUAGUAGUAACAGCAGCAGUACGAACGACAGUACCAAUCAUCGUAUAUCAGUUCAUAGUGAGUCUAAUGAAGACUUACCUCCUGGUUGGGAGCGUAGAGUAGAUCAUCUGGGUAGACCAUAUUAUGUGGACCAUAACACACGAACAACAACCUGGAAGCGUCCAUCAUCUCGUACUGCGCAAGAACAAGAAAAUCAAACAGAGUUGCAGAGACGUCAUCAUAAUGCUCGUGGAUUACCUGAACAACAGCAGCAGCAACCACCACCACAACAACAACAGCAACAGAUAAAUGUACCAAACAACAACAUGACAACGGCUGGAUCAGGACCACUGCCACCAGGUUGGGAAAUGCGUACGAGUGCAGAAGGAAGACCAUAUUUUGUUGAUCAUAAUACACGUACAACGACUUGGGUUGAUCCAAGACGACAGCAGUAUAUUAGCACCAUUGGCCCUGGAUCUAAUCUGCAGGUGCAGGUACAGCCUGUAUCUCAACUAGGUCCCUUACCAUCUGGUUGGGAAAUGCGUCUGACGAGCACAGGCCGUGUGUACUUUGUGGAUCACAACACCAAAACGACCACGUGGGAUGAUCCCCGUUUACCCAGUAGUCUAGAUCAAAACGUACCUCAGUACAAGCGAGAUUUCCGCCGAAAGCUAAUCUACUUCCGCUCACAACCUGCAUUGCGUCCAGUCCCCGGCCAGUGUCAUAUCAAGAUUCGCAGAGACCAUAUAUUCGAAGAUGCUUAUGCCGAAAUCAUGCGACAGGCUCCUGCUGACCUCAAAAAACGAUUGAUGAUCAAGUUUGAUGGAGAAGACGGUCUAGACUAUGGUGGUCUCUCUCGUGAAUUCUUCUUUUUACUCUCUCACGAAAUGUUCAAUCCUUUCUAUUGUCUGUUUGAGUACUCGGCUCAUGACAACUACACACUGCAGAUCAACCCUCACUCGGGCAUUAACCCUGAACAUCUAAAUUACUUUAGAUUCAUUGGUCGCGUUGUUGGUCUUGCUAUCUUCCACCGUCGAUUCUUGGACGCCUUCUUUAUCGUUUCAUUUUACAAGAUGAUCUUGAACAAGAAGAUUCUUGUUGCAGAUAUGGAAAGUGUCGAUGCCGAGUUCUUCCGGUCCUUGACUUGGAUCCUCGAGAACGAUAUUACGGAUGUACUCGAUUUGACCUUUUCGACAGACGACGAUCGAUUUGGUGAAGUCGUUACUGUCGACCUGAUACCAAACGGACAAAACAUUGAAGUCACUGAAGAGAACAAGAAAGAAUACGUUAAUUUGAUCACCGAAUGGCGUAUCCACAAGCGUGUUGAAGAACAGUUCAAGGCAUUCAAGGAAGGAUUUAACCAGUUAAUUCCUCAAGAGCUCAUUAACGUCUUUGACGAACGUGAACUCGAACUGCUGAUCGGUGGCAUUGCCGAGAUCGAUGUGGAUGAUUGGAAGAAACAUACAGACUACAGAGGAUAUACCGAGCAGGACGAUGUCAUUCAGUGGUUCUGGAAGUGUAUCCGUAGCUGGGAUAGUGAAAAGAAGGCGAGACUGCUUCAAUUCACGACAGGCACAUCACGUAUACCCGUGAAUGGCUUCAAGGACCUUCAGGGCAGUGAUGGACCAAGAAGGUUUACAAUUGAAAAGUCAGGAGAGAUUACACAGUUACCCAAAGCACACACAUGCUUUAAUCGUAUCGACAUGCCACCUUAUAAAUCUUAUGAAACACUCGUUGCGAAAUUAACCAUGGCAGUAGAAGAAACCGUUGGUUUUGGUCAAGAAUAA